AUGGUUGUCGUCGAUCCGAAAUAUGUUGUGAAGACUGAAAGGCUGCUUCUGCGGCCUCUGAAGCUCGAAGACGCUGAAGAUGUUGCCCUGAUGCGCAAAGAUCCGGAGGUGAUGAAGCACACGAAUGGAUCCAAGGAAGUUUUGAUACAGGUUAGCUACAUUCCAAUCAACCAGCUGCAGCGUCUUGCUAACUAUCAUUGUUCAGACAACAGUUGGAAUUUUGCAAUCGAACUCCUCGAUACGAAAUCCUCAUCACCACGCGUCAUCGGCCUCAUAGGCGCCGUCCGUACCCCCGAGAUCGGCUACAUGUUCAACUCGUCCUACUGGGGCAAAGGCUACGCGACAGAAGCAUUGCGUGCCUUCAUACCGCUCUUCUUUGAGCACUUCUCCGGCAAAGAGGGUCAAUUUCUGGACUACACAGAAGCUCUUACAGAUCCAGAACUUGUCAGCAGCCAAAACGUACUGGUGAAAGCUGGGUUCAAGCUAUACGAGCGAAAAGAGAAGGACUUUGAGAAUCCGAUCUUGGGAAUCCGGGACACGUUGGUAUACAGGAUGGAGAGAUCAGCCGUGACGGGAACGCCGAGGCCGAUGUGA